AUGCCAUCAAAUAUUGUAUUGAGAUUAUCAAAUGUACCAUUUACGGCAAAGGCAAGUGAUAUUAGAGGAUUGUUUGAAGGAAUAACGAUACCAAUCGGUUUUAUUAUCAUUGUCGGAGGUCCGAGUAACGAUGCCUUUGUUAAAUUUUCCUCUGAUGAGGAUGCUGAAAGAGCAAAAAAUAUGAAUUUUACUAUUCAUGGUGUUCCUGUUACUAAAGAAGUAACUGAUACCAAAACUAUGGCAUCGAUUGUCAAUUUUGUUAAAGAUAUGGCUAUUAAAGUAGAACAAGCAAAGGGUAAUGUGAUUCCAAAUGGUAUUGUUGAUUGUCCUGAAAAAAGAAAUGGAUUACCUGUAAAGAGAAAAACUCUUUUUGGUGAUGGUGAAGGUGCUCCACCACCUAAAAAAGCUACACCACCUAGAGAACCUUGUAAAUAUAUUGAAAUGACUCGUCUUCCAAAUGAAAUAAUUAAAAGAGAGGAAUUAAUAUCAUUUUUAAAUACUAGUGAUUCAUUAAAAAUGAAUGAUAUUAAAAUUGUAUUUGAUUCAAUGACAGGAAUACAUUUGAAUACACUUAUAAGAUGUAGCACAUCUGCUGAUUUUGACAAAAUUCUUAGUAAAGAUGGUGAAAAUGGUAUACGUAUUAAAGAAAGUACCGAUGAAGUUUUUAUUAAAGCUGAAGAUGAUACAUUACAACAAUAUCUUCCACAACCAUCUAAAGAAAUAAUUAUUGGUGCAAAAAAAGUUUUACAAGAACUUCCACCUGUCAAUAAUAGUAUUAGUAGUGGAAUGAAUCAAUUACAACAACAAAAUACUGAUGAAGGAGAUGUUAAUAGAGUUUUUGUUGAAAUUACUAAUGUUCCAUUUAGAGUUACUGUUAAAGAGUUGCAAGGUUUGUGUAAACGUGUUCGAAUAUUUUACCGUGAACUUUAUCGGUGUUAUAAUGCCGAUGAUAGACCAUCUGAUCGUUGGUUAAUGGAAUUUGUUGAUGAAAAAGAUGCUGAUAAAUUGACUACUCUUCGAGAAGUUAUUGGUGGAAGAGAGGUUAUUAUUAGAAAAAUUAGUAAUGUUGAAGCUGAAGAGUACCUUUCAAUACCACCACCACCAGAUGCUUAUCCAAGAAAAAAUCCUUUUCCACCAAGGCCAAAUAAGGUGGAAGAACCUUUACCACCGGUGAAAAAAGAACAUGAUAUGAUGUAUGAUGAAAGAAAUAGAAGUGAAAAUGGAAGAUAUAGUCCAAGAAGAGAAGAGAUGCGUUAUGAAAGUGGUGGUAGAUCAAGAGAACCAAAACCAAAAAGGCAACCAUUAUUAGGUGAUAGAAAAGAACCACCAAAAAGGUAUGAUAAAGAAGAUUAUAGUAAGGAUAGCACUAAUUAUCGUGAACGUGAUAGAAAUUAUGGUAGAGAUGAGUAUAGACGUGUUGAAUCAAGACCUUCUCGUGAUUAUUCAAAUGAUCGUUCUUAUUCUUCUACAUCAUCUUCUAGACGUCUACCUGAUGAUAGAGCUUCUUCUUCUUCUAAUUAUAGUUCGAAUCAUUCUUCAGGUCAUAGUUCUUCUUCAAAUCAUAAACCUUCAGGUAAAGAAUGUUACCAUCAAAAACUUAAUACUACAACUCCAGAAGAAUUAGAUAUAGAUAUUUCAAUAUUAAAUGCCAUUGGUAACAGUGGUUGUGUUGUGAUAACAAAAGGAAUGCCAACAACGAUAACAUUGGAUAGUGUGGUAGAUUUUUUUAAAGGAUAUCCCGUUAAACGUGAAACAGCCCUAAUGAAGUUAGAUGAUAGUGGUAGACCAACUGGUGAAUGUCUUUUGGCAUUUACGGAUUCUAAUUACGCCAAAGAAGCAGUAACACAUUUAAAUGGAAAAAGAAUGGAUAGACAACCUAUAUCGGUAGCAUUAAUUAAAUAUUGA